CUUACGACCGCGAAAGAGAUUUUUUCCCGUCAACGUCCGGGCACCACUUUUACUAUCGAAACACGAGACUAUCGAAGCAAAGAGAGCGAUCAAAGCCAAACUUAACGGGUAAAAUCAGGAGAUCCACUUUAUAUUUUGGAGGAGUGGAGCAACUUGGCACUACUCUUAUCCUCUCGGGACGACGAGAUACUGGAGAGUUUGAGCCGGGCAGCCAUGGCAGGAGUUUUGGGAGCCUCAUCGUCUCUCACUGCUAGCAGGGGUGAGAAGAAUUGGGAGAGAGGUAGCCAUAGAGGACUAGCUGCUUGGAGGAGCUCUAGAACAGCUCGGCUGCCAGGAAUUGGAGACGUGUGCUACAGACUGGAAAGACCAACAAGAGCUUCUUCGCCAAUUUCUUCUUCUUCGUCUUCUUCCUCUUCGACAGCAGCACCCAGUGGUGCUGCUACCUCCUCGGCCAAAGGAAACAAAGGCAAUGGCAGCGCCACCAAAGAGGAUCCCGUCAAGAUGAUAUCCACGGAGCUCGAGUUCCAGGCGAUGCUGCGGGACGCGGGCGAGAAGCUGGUGGUGGUGGAGUACGCCGAGAGCCACAGCGUCAACAGCAAGCGGAUAUAUCCGGCCAUGGUGGAGCUGAGCCGGACGUGCCCGGACGUUGUCUUCCGCCUCAUACUGGCUGACGAGUCGGAGGAGACCAAGGAGAUGUUCCGCCGGGAGGGCGUCGCGAAGGUCCCCCACUUCAUCUUCUACAAGAGCGGCGAGAAGGUCCACGAGGAGGAAGGCAUCACCGAGGACAUGCUGCUUGGGGACGUGCUCUACUACGGCGACUCCUCCAGCGCCAUCACCCAGCUCCACAGCCGCGGCGACGUCGAGGCCCUCAUCCGGAAGCACAGGGACGACGGUAAGCUCGUUGUCCUCGACGUUGGUCUCAAGCACUGCGGCCCCUGCGUGAAAGUGUAUCCCACCGUCAUCAAGCUGGCCAAGAAGAUGGCCGACACGGCCGUGUUUGCGCGCAUGCACGGCGACGAGAACGACGACUGCAUGGCCUUCCUCAAGGAGCGAAACGUCGUCGAGGUGCCGACGUUUCUCUUCAUCCGCGGAGGCGAGGUGCGCGGGAGGUACGUCGGCUCCGGCAAAGGCGAGCUCAUCGGAGAAAUCCUGAAACAUCAAGGCGUCAUGUAGGUAGAGAAGAGUAAGAAAGAUUUGCUUACCGCUCUGUAACGAGAUGAUAUCUUAGCUUGCUCUCCUUCCUGCUA